GUCGUCUAGCGACCGGUUCCGAGGUCCGGGCCCUGUUUCACCGCACGGAUCUGACUCACUGUUGCGACCGAUGCGAGAAUAGUGCCACGGGAAAGCAGCAGCCUUCGCUUCUUUCACACGAACAGAGGCCGGCUCGUUUCGACCGACAUGCGUUUCCUCAUUCUUGGUCUGACAUUAAUUGUAAGUCUGCUAGUCGUAAGAAGAGUUUCUGCCCAUGGAAGACUGAUAGAACCACCCUCGAGGGCCUCCAUGUGGAGGUACGGCUUCGACACACCUCACGAUUACAACGAUCACGAGUGUUAUUGCGGCGGGUUUACCAGGCAGUGGCAACGGAAUAAAGGAAAAUGUGGCAUUUGCGGUGAUCCCUGGGAUUCUCCGACGCCACGUGUUCAUGAAACGGGCGGCAAGUAUGGGAACGGCGUGAUCGUUCGGCGUUAUCGGACCGGAUCGGUUAUACCGGUCCGUGUGGAGUUGACGGCGAACCAUCACGGCUACUUCGAGUUCCGCACCUGCGCCAUGACCUACCGCGAUCAGGAGGUCACCCAGGAAUGUCUGGACCAACACCUGCUGCAUGCUGAGAAUGGAUCCACCCGUUAUUACCCUGGUCCUGGCAACCGGGUCUUCGAGGGCUAUUACAAAUUACCGGAGGACCUGACCUGCGCUCAAUGCGUCUUCCAGUGGCGAUACAUUGCCGGGAAUAAUUGGGGCGACUGUGGCAACGGCACAGGUGCGGUGGGAUGUGGGCCUCAGGAAGAAUUUCGAGCUUGCGCUGAUAUCACCAUUGGUGAUAACGAGGCAACAUUACCACCAAGGCAACCGACCAGUCCCAUACCCACAGACAAAUUGCCGACGGACACGAGCCCAUUGCCGAGAUCUGGGCCAUAUUGGCUGUUUAGUGUUAUCAUCGCUGGUACGUGCCUGUUGGUGGUGCUGGCUGCUAUGGCGUUGCUUUACACGUACUACUAUCACGCUGGUAGAGCCAAAAAGUGGCUCAUGGCGAGGAGACUCCUGGUGCAGGAGAGUCCGCCAGUUGCCCCACCGAGACAUAAACGACAUCAUCACGUAUCGAACACGCAGCUUCAGCUGUAGAAUUGUACUCAAUUGUCAGUAUCGCAUCCUGGAGAAAAAGUAGCUCGAAGAAUUUUCUGAUUCAAUCAAUACUUGAAUCAUCGUGCGAAGUACAUUUUGUCCUAACUGUAGCCUGACAUUCAAACGUGACAGACGCAUACAUAGUAUUCACUCAUGAAGAGACUGCAUUUCAAGUAAUUAUCUUCAUACUCAGCACGUACUCUCUCUCUCUCUCUCU